AUGGGUUGUUGUGCGAGCAGUUUGAAACUCAAGGAGCUGAAUCUCAACAGCAGCAUCUACUUGGCAGCUGGAGGAAGUGGAAGUCGCUCUCAAAAGCGGUUAUAUAGCAGCCGGAACAGCAGUGGAGUGGGCAGCAGCUCCUCGUCAUCCUCAACCUCAUCAUCUUCGAACUCAAAUCGCAGCAUUUGGAGCCGAUCCAGCCAACCGAUUUGCGAUGACUUUGCCGAGCAGCCUGCGGCUCAACUGGAGCGAUCCUGCGGCUAUCACACCUGCAGCAGUGCCAAUUCCUCACCCAGAAAGAGUCACCAGGAGGAGGAGGAAGAGGAGGAGGUACUGAUGCGCACCCAGGACAUGAGCGACUCCAACUCCAAUUCGAACUCCUUGCCAUCGCAAGGAAACCUCGAGUGGGAAAUGUACAUGAUGCAGCAGGCCCAGCGCAUCAUGCCCAAGACCUCGUCUCCAAUUAGCCAAAGGAGGGGCAUGGCUCACCUACCCCCUCCAUCAUCCUAUCAAAAGUGGAGAAACUACCUCCAAUCCACGCCCGCUCACAUGCUGCACAAUGUCACCCACAUACCAGAGGCCAUUGCCGGCCACUUUUGCCCCACCGGCUUUCCGGGCUUCAGCGAUCUGGAGGAAAUGGAGAGUGCGGCCAAGCGAUACAAGGUGGAUCAGGAUAUGGAUCGGGAUAUGGAGGAGAAUGAACCGCUGUACACCACCUACCAACUGCUGGCCGGCCACACGCACACCAUAUCCACAGAUCUAUAA